CACCAUUUUCUAACUUUUCAGACAAAGCUGCUUUGGAAAGAGCCAAGGAAAAGGACAUCUCUCCUUGGCUGGAUGAGCUAGGAGUACAGCUGAGUGGCUCUACAGAGAAUUCAUGGAGCCCUGGAAGGUGCUGAACAUUGUGUUUCUGCUGAGUUCCUUGAGCUGCAUGUUGGUGGAGACUGCUGCUUCCUCGACACCACUUUCAUCUGCUGUUGGGAUGCAAGACAAAGCAGGGUCAAAACCACGCUCAAGAGAACACCACAGGUUCUGGCUUAGCAACUUCAGAGAUUACUUGUGGGAUCGCAUCAGGAGCUCUGUGCCUCCAGCUGCUGUUUUUGCUUUUCUUCCUGCCAUAGCCGUCAUGGGGGUCCUCUGCUGCCUCACUAUUCUCGUAGGUGACCCAGGCCAGUGA